AUCAGUCGAGUUUUACUUAAACCAUUGGCAUUGAGUCGUUUACCUUAGGAACAGACGACCGCGUAGGUUAAACAUAUUAACAAAAAAGUAUAAAACAACGUCAAUUACUCAAUAAUAACUUUUUCAUCAUAUCGAUAUUAUUUUAGACAUUAAAAACCUUCAUUAAAUAUAAAUAACAAAAAAAUACACCGAUAAACCACAAACCGUCAAAAGUGAAAGCGUGUCUAGUGAUGUGCAUUUUACGUGUAUGAAUAUAUCGAGUUUUGUGAAACCGUUCGUCACUAUUGGGAGUUGUUUGAGGAAUUUCAUCGAUAUGUUGAAACGAAGGACAUCGAAACGGUUCGUUUUGGGGGAUACGUCGGUUGACGAGACGAAGUAUGACGAUGAAGCCACUGAUAUCAUGCCUUCGAGUUUGAUUCAGAAAUUCCAAAUGACUCUCGAUUCUGAUCCGGAUAAAACGGAGAAAGAAGAUACAUGUGCAACGAAUCAGCAGGAUGGAAAGUUACUGAGAUUACCGAGUCCCACUUUGCAGCCGUCUAUGUCGCAAGGCACUGUCGUACACAACCAGCGUUUUCAAGAGAAGGAUUUCACUGUAGCCACACCGGAGGAGUUCGUGCGGCGAUUCCAAGGGACCAAACCUAUCAAUAAGGUGCUGAUAGCGAACAACGGUAUCGGAGCGGUAAAAUGCAUGCGAUCAAUACGAAGAUGGUCGUACGAGAUGUUCAAGAACGAGAGAGCAGUGAGAUUUGUUGUUAUGGUAACACCGGAAGAUCUGAAAGCAAAUGCGGAGUAUAUAAAAAUGGCUGAUCACUACGUCCCCGUGCCAGGGGGUUCCAAUAACAACAAUUAUGCCAACGUUGAGCUGAUUGUGGACAUCGCCGUUAGAACUCAAGUUCAGGCUGUAUGGGCAGGUUGGGGCCACGCUUCCGAGAACCCCAAGCUCCCAGAAUUACUGCACCGAGCUGGUGUGGUCUUCAUCGGGCCUCCAGAGAAGGCUAUGUGGGCCCUGGGAGACAAGAUAGCCUCGUCUAUAGUGGCACAGACGGCGGAUAUACCUACCUUGCCUUGGAGCGGCAGCGAAUUGAAAGCGGAAUACAACAGCAAGAAGAUCAAAAUAUCUUCGGAGUUGUUUGCGAGGGGCUGUGUCACUUCACCCGAGCAGGGCUUGCAGGCCGCACACAAGAUUGGUUUUCCUGUAAUGAUAAAGGCAUCAGAAGGCGGCGGCGGUAAGGGUAUACGUAAAGUCGAAAAUCCCGAUGACUUCAACAACAUGUUUAGACAGGUGCAAGCUGAAGUGCCGGGAUCUCCAAUAUUUGUGAUGAAACUGGCGAGAUCAGCUCGGCAUUUGGAAGUACAACUCCUGGCUGAUCAGUACGGUAAUGCUAUAUCCCUGUUCGGCCGCGACUGUUCAAUCCAGCGUCGACACCAGAAGAUCAUUGAAGAAGCGCCGGCUGCCAUCGCCAGGCCUGACGUCUUCAUCGAAAUGGAGAAGGCGGCAGUCCGUCUCGCAAAAAUGGUGGGCUACGUGAGUGCAGGCACCGUCGAGUACCUGUACGAGCCGACGACGGGCAGCUACUACUUUCUGGAAUUGAACCCGCGCCUGCAAGUGGAACAUCCCUGUACCGAGAUGGUGGCAGACGUCAACCUGCCCGCCGCGCAACUGCAGAUUGCUAUGGGUCUCCCUCUGUAUAACAUCAAAGACAUCAGACUGUUGUACGCGGAGUCACCAUGGGGUAUGACCCAAAUAGACUUUGACGAACCGCAGCAAAGGCCAUCGCCCUGGGGCCACGUGAUCGCGGCCAGGAUCACGUCCGAAAAUCCUGAUGAAGGCUUCAAACCAUCUUCCGGUACGGUACAAGAACUCAACUUCCGCUCUUCGAAGAAUGUCUGGGGUUACUUCAGCGUCGCUGCAAGUGGCGGCCUCCACGAGUUCGCAGAUUCGCAGUUCGGGCACUGCUUCUCCUGGGGGGAGACCAGGGAGCAGGCGAGAGAAAACUUGGUGAUAGCUCUCAAAGAAUUGAGCAUCCGCGGUGACUUCAGAACUACAGUGGAGUAUUUAAUCACACUGCUGGAGACGCCGGCUUUUCAGGAAAACAAUAUUGAUACGAGCUGGUUGGACGCGCUUAUUGCUGAGAGGGUACAAAGUGAGAAACCAGACGUAAUGUUAGGAGUCCUCUGCGGUUCCAUCCUCAUAGCCGACAACAUCAUAACCUCACACUUGCAAGAAUUCAAGAGCGCUUUGGAAAAAGGUCAAAUCCAAGGAUCAAGUCAGUUGUCAAACUGUGUCGACGUGGAGCUGAUCCACAGCGGUUAUAAGUACAAGGUCCAAGCGACCAAGUCCGGACCGACGUCGUACUUCCUGUCGCUGAACGGGAGCUUCAAGGAGUUGGAAGUGCAUAAACUUACUGAUGGUGGUACAUUAUUGUCCGUCGAUGGCGCAUCGUACACGACAUAUUUAAAGGACGAAGUGGACAAAUAUCGUAUCGUGAUCGGGAAUCAAACCGUGGUCUUCGAGAAGGAGAAAGACCCGUCUAAACUACGAGCGCCCUCUGCGGGCAAGCUCAUCAAUACGCUGGUUGAGGAUGGCGGCCACGUCGAUAAGGGACAGCCUUAUGCGGAAAUAGAGGUGAUGAAAAUGGUGAUGACUCUGGCUGCCCCAGAAGCAGGUCGCGUGACCUGGAACCUACGUCCCGGAGCCGUUCUGGAUAUGGGAUCUCUUAUAGGAACGUUGGAACUCGACGAUCCGUCCCUGGUGACAACGGCCCAACCGUACAAAGGGCAGUUUCCCUUGGAGGAUAAUCCGACGGUUUCCGAGAAAUUGAAUCACGCGCAUAAUAAAUACAGAGCUAUAUUGGAAAAUACUCUCGCGGGAUACUGCCUCCCCGACCCGUACAACACGGCGCGUCUACGCGAGGUUGUAGAAAAAUUCAUGCAGAGUCUUCGCGACCCCUCGCUACCGCUGCUGGAGCUACAGGAGGUGCUAUCAUCAACAUCGGGCCGUAUCCCGCUGUCAGUGGAGAAGAAGGUGCGGAAGCUGAUGGCGCUGUACGAGCGGAACAUCACCAGCGUACUGGCUCAGUUCCCGAGCCAGCAGAUCGCCAGCGUCAUAGAUCACCACGCAGCCUCCCUGGCGAAGAGAUCAGACCGAGAUGUGUUCUUCAUGAGCACGCAAGCGUUAGUCGUCUUGGUGCAGAGAUACAGGAACGGUAUCCGUGGUCGUAUGAAGGCGGCGGUUCACGAUUUACUCAAACAGUACUAUCAAGUUGAAAGUAAUUUCCAAUUAGGGUCGUACGACAAGUGUGUGAUGGCGCUCCGAGACCGCUAUAAAGACAACAUGCAAGUAGUCGCGAACAUUAUCUUCUCCCACAACCAAGUCGCUAAGAAGAAUCUCUUGGUGACCAUGCUAAUCGACCACCUGUGGUCAAACGAGCCAGGUCUCACGGACGAGCUGGCGGCCACCCUCAACGAGUUGACUUCAUUGCACAGGGCCGAGCACAGCCGCGUCGCCUUACGGGCUAGGCAGGUGCUAAUCGCAGCCCACCAGCCCGCCUACGAGCUGCGCCACAACCAGAUGGAGUCGAUCUUCCUCUCAGCCGUGGACAUGUACGGACACGACUUCCAUCCGGAGAAUCUUCAGAAGCUAAUCCUGUCGGAAACUUCGAUAUUCGACAUUCUUCAUGAUUUCUUCUAUCACACUAACGCUGCGGUGUGUAAUGCAGCGUUAGAAGUGUACGUGCGUCGUGCGUACACGUCUUACGAUAUCACAUGUCUGCAACAUUUGGCACUGUCUGGAGAAUUGGGCGUUGUCCAUUUCCAAUUCGUACUGCCCACUGGACACCCUAACAGAAUACCAAUCAGCCAGUCGGAAAUCGAACUAGCAUCAGCCCAAGAUCAAGAAGGCGUUCCUGCUGAACUGUCCACCGCGGCGAUGAGGAAAUGUCACCACCGUACUGGAGCUCUUGCCGCUUUUAACUCUUUUGAGCAGUUUGUGGAGUACGCUGAUGAGUUAUUGGAUCUGGUUCACGACUUCGCCAGUUCCGCUACUGUAAGGAAAGAGGAUUUACAAGCGCUUCAAGAUGGCAGUGAGAAUAGGGACAGCACUAGUAUCAACGUUGGACUUGACUACAAGCCGAACAUCGAAGAGGAUGUGCCGCUAGAGCCUAUCCACAUCCUGAUGAUCGGCAUCCGGGACAACGGGGACAAUGACGAUGGAGCUGUGUCCCGUCGCUUCGGACAGUUCUGCAGGGUGCACGCGAGAGAGCUGACCCUCAAGAGGAUCCGGAGGAUCACCUUCAUGCUGCUAAUCAAACGUCAGUUCCCCAAGUUCUUCACAUACCGGGCCCGAAACGACUUCACGGAAGACACGAUCUACCGCCACCUGGAACCGGCCUCCGCCUUCCAGCUGGAACUGUACCGCAUGCGGAGCUAUGACCUGGAGGCGCUGCCCACGAGCAACCAGAAAAUGCAUCUCUAUCUCGGGAAGGCCAAGGUCAAAAAGGGUCAAGAGGUGACGGACUACCGGUUCUUCAUACGCUCCAUCAUCAGGCAUCAAGAUCUCAUCACGAAGGAGGCGUCUUUCGAAUACCUACAGAAUGAGGGAGAGAGGGUGUUAUUGGAAGCAAUGGACGAAUUAGAAGUGGCGUUCUCCCACCAGCUCGCCAAGAGGACGGACUGCAACCAUAUAUUCCUGAAUUUCGGACCCACUGUUAUCAUGGACACCGCUAAGAUUGAGGAGUCAGUCCUCGGCAUGGUGAUGAGGUACGGGCCUCGUCUCUGGAAACUGAGGGUGUUGCAGGCGGAGAUCAGAUUUACUUUGAGAAUCGGUCCCGGAGCGCCGACCAAGAACGUGCGCCUGUGUCUGUCGAACGGCUCGGGGUACUCGUUGGACAUAUACACGUACGAGGAGGUGAUCGACCCCAGGACUGGCGUGAUAAUAUUCCAGUCGUUUGGACCGAAGCAGGGUCCAAUGCACGGUCUACCAAUAUCGACGCCCUACGUCACAAAGGACUAUUUGCAACAGAAGAGGUUCUUGGCCACCUCCCAAGGCACGACAUACGUGUACGACAUCCCCGACAUGUUCAGACAAGUUGUUGAGAAACGGUGGAGAGAGUGUAUCGACGAGGGGACCGUUGAUGGUCCCCCACCAGACAACGUAAUGAGUUGUGUCGAACUGGUCAUGGAGGCAGACGGUGAACGAAAAGUCGUGGAGGUGACCAGACUACCGGGGCAGAAUACUGUGGGUAUGGUGGCGUGGCGGUUAACACUCUAUACCCCCGAGUGCCCACAAGGCCGAGACAUCAUCCUGAUUGCCAACGACCUCACACACUACAUGGGCUCUUUCGGCCCUCAAGAAGACUGGCUGUACUACCGCGCGUCUGAAUACGCUCGGGAGUUGAAAAUACCCAGGCUGUACGUGAGCGUGAACUCGGGGGCGCGCAUCGGGGUGGCCGAGGAGGUGAAGAGCGAGUUCCAGGUGGCCUGGCUGGACGGCGAGCGGCCCGACCGCGGCUUCCGCUACCUCUACCUGUCGCCCGAGGCCUACUCGCGCCUCGCCGCGCUCAACUGCGUCAAGACCGAGCUCAUCGACGACGAGGGCGAGGCGCGCUACCGCAUCACCGACAUCAUAGGCAAAGAGGACGGCCUCGGUGUUGAGUGCCUCAGGGACGCGGGGCUGAUAGCCGGGGAGACGGCUCAAGCUUACGAGGACGUGGUCACCAUAUCCGUGGUCACCUGCAGAGCCAUCGGCAUCGGUUCUUAUGUGGUCAGAUUGGGCCACCGCGUCAUUCAAGUGGAAUCCUCCUACAUAAUCCUCACCGGGUACGCAGCGCUCAACAAGGUGCUGGGGCGCGCGGUGUACGCCAGCAACAACCAGCUGGGUGGGGUUCAGAUCAUGCACAACAAUGGGGUCACCCACGCCGUGGCCCCCACGGACCUGGAGGCGAUUAGAACCGCUGUUAGGUGGCUCUCCUAUGUGCCCAAGGAUAAACUUAGCAUGGUGCCCAUAAUGAAAUGCGCGGACCCCGUCGACCGCCCCGUGGACUGGAUACCCCCCCGUGCGGCCCACGACCCUCGCCUGAUGCUAACUGGAGACAAUCUCAGAUCUGGCUUCCUGGAUGCUGGUUCCUUUGACGAGAUCAUGAAGCCUUGGGCUCAGACUGUUGUUACUGGUCGUGGUCGACUCGGUGGUAUACCAGUGGGAGUGAUAGCGGUGGAAACGCGGACAGUCGAAAUAACGCUACCAGCUGAUCCAGCCAACUACGACUCGGAAGCGAAGACCAUACAGCAAGCUGGACAGGUCUGGUUCCCUGACUCAGCGUACAAGACAGCGCAGGCCAUCAAUGACUUUUCGCGAGAAAACCUCCCUAUCCUGAUCUUUGCCAACUGGAGAGGGUUCAGUGGAGGGCAGAAGGAUAUGUAUGAACAAAUCCUGAAAUUCGGCGCGGAAAUCGUGAGAGCGUUAAGAGGCGCCACCGCCCCUGUUUUAGUAUACAUCCCCCCGGGAGCGGAGCUUCGAGGGGGGGCCUGGGCCGUCGUGGACCCCAGCGUCAACAACCUGAGGAUGGAGAUGUACGCGGACCCAGAGGCGAGAGGCGGAGUCCUAGAAGCCGAGGGUAUUGUCGAGGUUAAGUUCAAACAAAGGGACAUUUUGAAGACGAUGCACAGACUGGACCCCGAGCUACUCAGACUGAGCGCCAGGGCUAACGAACUCAAGGAUCAAAUGAAGGAUAUCUCAAAGAACUUAGAUCGUCGAGGCUCUAUAGACGACGUUCUCAUCAAAACCGAAGCGGGUCGUCAAGCUGAAGCUCGAGUCCGAGAGUUGGAGAGCGAGCUGGUAGCUGCAGAUAAGGCCAUGAAGAAGAGAGAGAAGGAACUGGCGCCGAUAUACCACGAGAUUGCCGUCCAAUUCGCUGAACUACACGACACGGCCGAGAGGAUGUUAGAAAAGGGCUGUAUAUUUGAUAUAAUUCCGUGGCGCCAAUCACGCAAGAUGCUAUACUGGAGGUUAAAACGUCUUCUACGCCAGAAUGCUCAAGAGCGCAGAGUACAGGCGGCCGCCGCGCCCGAGCCGCUCGGACAGCGCGCCGCCGCCGCCACACUGCGGCGGUGGUUCGCGGAGGACCAGGGGGAGACGCAGUCCCACCAGUGGGAACACGACAACGAAGCCGUCUGCAAGUGGCUGGAGGCCCAGGCGGACGACAACGACUCUGUGCUCGAGAGGAACUUGAGAGCGAUCAAGCAGGAUGCUGUGCUGCAGACUGUCAAUCGACUUGUUAUGGAACUAACGCCGUCCCAACGCGCUGAGUUUGUGAGAAAGAUCACGGCCUUGGAGAUGGAACAGGACUUCAAAAACUGAUCCUAUAUUUACGAAUAUUAGUUUUAAAUGUGUAAAAUACAUGAUUUAGUAUAAGUUGAAUCGUCAAAGGAUCGUGGGAAUUUAUAAAAUAAAAUUAUUUAUUUUUUUAUUUAGUUCA